AUGUUCAACUUUCGCGUUCUCCGUCGAGAGCAGCCGAAUCGGUCAAUUGCUUUACAGGGAUCUGAUCAUGUCUUGAUCUUUCACCAUAAUGCGGCUGAUGAGAGGUCCAAGACUGCCCCACGUUGUCAGGUUGAAUUCUCCGAAAUAGCUUCGGUCGACCUCAAGGGGUUCCGGCCGUUGGGGGCUGGGUAUGGCACUCUAGGCCUUGUCACACUCAAUGAGGAUGUUUUUGUUUGCGUGAUUACUGGCGCCUCGCAGGCGGCGAAUGUACGCCCGGGUGAAUCUGUGGCCAAAAUCGACAAUGUAGACUUUUUUUGCCUGAAUAGAUCCGAAUAUGAGUUGGGUCAAGACUACGAGAGCAGCUCCCAGUUUGCCGUCGACGAACGGCCAGGUGCAGACGGUAGAGAAGUGGUGACCGAUCACCCUUUUUUGGCCUUGAAGAAGCUUUUGGGGGAUGGCAGCUUCUACUACAGUCUUGACUUUAACCUGACGGAUCGCUUACAAGAUCGUUCGGACAAAAUGGCUGCAUUUGACAUUGAUUCCUUGGACGAGGAUAUGCUGUGGAACUCUUACAUGAUCCAUCCUCUUCUGUUGUUCCGAAGUAACCUGCCUCCGGUCGAGAAGGAGAAGCUUGAUAGUUCUCAAUUUCUGACAUGCGUUAUAAGAGGGUUUGCCAGCACACUCAAAAUUCCAGCGACAGUUUCAAUUCUGCCCCGGGUGCGGACGAAUCUACCAGCGCUCCUCACCAUCAUUUCCAGACAAUCAUCUCGUCGUGCUGGCACACGGUUCAAUUCGCGAGGCAUAGAUGAUGAUGGUAAUGUUGCUAAUUAUGUGGAGACUGAGGUGAUCCUUUGGCUGUCUCCCGGAAUUUGCUUCUCAUACGUGCAAAUACGUGGCUCAGUACCGAUAUUUUGGGAGCAGACCCCAGGUCUGAUUCCUGGCCAGCAAAAGAUUGAAGUGACUCGCUCGUUUGAAGCAACUCAACACGCCUUCAAUCAACAUUUUGAAAAUCUCGAGUUAGAGUACGGAGCGGUCCAUGUUGUGAAUCUCCUCAGCGAACUCAAAUCCGGUGAAGCAGAUCUCUCGGCCAAGUAUCGCGAACACAUUGCUCGAAGUUCACUCAGGCAGAAGGAAGCACGGGCACGAUCAGACCCUCACAGUCUGCUUCGAAUGACGGACUAUGAUUUCCACGCGGAAACUCGGGGCCCGGCCGGGUAUGAAGCCAGCCACUCAAUCAAGUACGACCUGGCCGACUCUUUAGACGGAUUUGCGUAUUUCCUCUCAGAUGACAGCUCCCGCUCGGUUGCGUCUGCAACGGACAGAGAGGGUGCCGCUAGCACCUCUUCUAUUCUGCUUCAGCAAGAAGGCGUCUUUCGAACAAAUUGUCUCGAUUGUUUGGAUCGUACCAAUCUUGUUCAAACCAUCAUUAGCUCAAUGGCGUUGGGUGCGUUUCUUUCCCAGCAAGGUGCGAGGCUGAGCUCUGAUCUUCAAAUGCGCCACUCCACCUUGUGGGCCGAUAAUGGAGACGCCCUGUCGAAGAUCUACGCUGGAACUGGAGCUCUCAAGUCUUCUUUUACCCGUCACGGGAAAAUGUCUCUUGCCGGGGCUCUAGCAGAUGCCCGGAAAAGUGCCACCAGACUCUACGUCAAUAAUUUCACGGAUAAAGCCCGCCAAAAGACGAUUGAUCUUUUGCUAGGAAGACUGACAAAUCAAGUCCCCGUGCACCUGUACGAUCCGAUGAAUGAGCUUGUGAGCGAAGACCUUGGUCGACGCGCAGAUGAAUACUCCACCACCAAGCAGAUACGUAUUUGGGUCGGCACCUUCAAUGUGAAUGGCCGUGAUGAAGGCCCCGGAGCCGAUCUUUCAUCAUGGCUAUUCCCCAAGGGGGAUGAAUCUCAAGAAGAUCCCACGAUCUUCGCUGUGGGGUUUCAAGAGAUCGUCACUCUCAGUCCCCAGCAGAUCAUGUCGACUAAUCCUAGCAAUCGAAAGGGCUGGGAACAAGCUGUUCAAAAUUGUCUGGAUGAGCAUACGCAACGAAAAGGAACGGGCAAGUAUGUGUUGCUGCGAAGUGGACAGCUCGUGGGCGCUGCUCUAAUGAUCUAUGUCAAGGCGAAUGCGCUGAAAGCUAUCAAAGACGUCGAGGGCGCUGUCAAGAAGACUGGACUUUCCGGGAUUGCCGGAAACAAAGGGGGCUGUGCGAUUCGGUUCGACUUUUCGGAUACCAGCAUAUGUUUUGUGACUGCUCACUUAGCUGCUGGGUUUGGCAAUGACGACGAAAGAGAUCGAGACUAUGAGACCAUUGAUCGUGGCCUUCGAUUCCAGAAGAGUCGAUCUAUCGCCGAUCAUGACUGUACCAUCUGGCUCGGCGAUUUCAACUACCGAAUUGGGUUGGGAAACUCCGCGGUACGAGAGUUGAUCUUACACCAAGAUCUUCAAAAACUUUACGAUAAUGACCAGUUGAAUCUGCACAUGCUGGCGGGAAGAGUCUUCCAGUACUAUUCCGAGGGUCUCAUCACAUUCCCACCGACCUACAAGUAUGAUGUAGGAACAGACCGCUAUGACACCUCUGAUAAAGCCCGCAUUCCAGCAUGGUGUGACCGAAUCCUCUGGCGAGGCGACGGUCUACGACAAACACAGUAUCACACCGCUGACCUCAGAUGCUCCGACCACCGACCCGUCUUUGCCAAAUUCGACUGCAAGAUCGAUGUUGUAGACUUGAACAGAAAGGACAGUCUCCGCCGCGAGCUCUACAAAGAACGGCAGCGCGAGGCUCUCCCCGAUCCUGCUGAUUUGUUAGACUUUGACGAAGAGGAUAAUUACACCCAGGGCCCUAUCGCCCCGGGAUUACCCCCUGCGAGUUCUGAUCGGAAUCGAUGGUGGCUUGAUAACAGCGCGCCCGCAAAAGCCGAAAUACAGCCCCCAAAGGCAGGCUACGUCCCCAAUCCUCUUCGCAAGUCGAAUCCUUUCUCCAUGGACAGUGAGCCAGAUUGGGUACCCAAGGCCAGAGUUCCAACGAAAGCACCUGAUCUGCCCGAAAGAAAGCCCGUUCCACCCCCACGGCGGAGAACAGCCGGUCUAUCGAGAGAGACUAGUGUCUCCUCUGUGUCCAUGUCUUCAAGAAUGGAGAGAUUGACUUUGGAAAAGACUCCACCGGCGGUGCCGCGGAAACCGAUCUCGUUGAGCUCUCAAGCCACUGGUGGUCGAUUUACUUCUCCUUCAGCGUCGGGCCUGGCGCGAAGUUCGACAUUGCCGAGGGAUUUUGGAUCGGCAAAUACAGCGCGGUCUGCUGCCGCCGGCGGUAAUGCGGUUCCAGGGUCUCAGUUGUCUCAUGUUCAACGCUCGGGUGAUCUGUUGGGCGAUGCUUCGGGGGAUACAAUUGAGUGGAAGCCGCUUCUUCCUCAGCGAUGA